UAAGGAAAGAAAGUUGGGUCUAAAACGUUAUUUGGUUUUGACACAAAUCUGAUUGGGCAAUGAGAGACAAAUUUCCGCUGUGUGUUGACCUCAACCUUAUAUAAGGUCCUCACUAGGAAUUUUCAGUCUGAUGGCUUCUUUUUAUGAGACACUUUUGGCUGAAUGACUGCAGAAACAUAGAUUUCAAAACACUUUCCUUCAACCCUCUCCUGAUUUCCUGUGGAAAAAAAUGCAUGAGCUCUUCCUUGUCCUGGUGAUGUGUACAGUGGGUGUCUCUGCUUUCAGACUCCAGCAAGUGAAAAACAUAGAAAACUGCCCAGAUCACACCGUGUUUUUCAAACACUACCAUGAACUACAUGAAGAACCUGUGGUUCUGAAAUGCCCUUCCCCUAGAUACAAGCAUUUGGAUUUCUCUGCCUUGAUCCCUAAUAUCACAUGGUAUAAAAAUGGUUCAAACACCAUGAUAUCAGGAAGAGAUGAAGAUACAAGAAUCUGGGCAAAAGGAAAUGCACUCUGGUUUUUACCAGUGAUGCUAGAAGACUCAGGAGUAUAUAUCUGCACAAAAAGGAACUCCUCCUACUGUGCAGAGGUCUCCAUCCACCUCACAGUUGUGGAGAAAACAGCUGCUCGGGAGAUUGCCUAUCCCCAGGUCCUCUUCACUUUCACCUCUGGAAGGAUUGUUUGCCCCGACCUGUGGGAUUUUACCCCAAACAGGACAAGCCUGGAGCUCAAGUGGUACAAGGAUGCUCUGCCUUUGGAAGAUGACAAUGAAAGAUUCAUCAUUCUGAAAGGUUCAGCGUCUCUGAUCAUGGCAUCUGUGCUACCGACAGAUGCGGGGUAUUACACCUGCAAGAUGUCAUUUCCAUUUGAAGGUGUGGAGUAUGAAAUCACCAGGACAAUUCAACUGGAGACUGUUGAACAAGAGAAGAGAAUUACCCCGAUAAUUGUGUAUCCGGCCCAAAAGACAACAUCAGCUGCUCUUGGCUCCAAGAUGACUCUCCCAUGCAAAGUGUUUAUUGGGCUGAGCAGCCAUUUUCAAACUGAUGUGGAAUGGCUGGCAAAUGACACCAGCAUUGACGUGGUUUAUAAACAAAGCAGAGUUACAGAGGGGGAACGACAAGAAAUAGUAGAAAAUGGUGAAAACUUUAUUGAAGUACCACUGAUUUUUGAUUCUGUUGAAGAAGUGGACUUUUACACAGACUUUACUUGUCUGGCCCAGAACAUACACGGAUACCAAGUACUGCCAACAAGGGUCAAGCAGGAAGCUGUUGGUCUGUCCUGGUACAUUGCAAUGAUUCCUGUUGCACUGGCCUGUGUGAUCGUGGGAGGGAUAUGCAUGCACAAGUGCUGGAAGCAGAGAGCUGAUAAAGGAUAUACAACAUCAAAGGUUUAAAAUCCACUUGGUUUUCCAGCUGCCAACAGAACAAAAAAUCUCCCUGGCUAUCUUUCACAUCAGACAGAGAGAGCGUUUCAGACCUGAUAUCCUGCAUUCCCAACAGACUGAUAAUAACAGCUCUUUCCCACUUUUCCCAGUCUUCUAUGAUCUGAUGAAGUUAAGAAUAUAAGUUUGCAUUUAUAUGCUGCUUAGAUGCAGGAAAUCUGUGUCUAUUGUUUUGCAAAUAGGGUGCAAUCUGGAGAAUUUUGGAACACAAAACUAUGCUCUGGAUAUGGGAAGAGUAGGAAAAGGGAGGUGCUCUCAUCCUUUCUAAUUCCAAUAGAUGUACUGUUUUUUUAAAAAAAGGAAAAGAAACCCCCUAAAAUCUAAAAAGGGAAGCUAAGGAGGCUUGCUACAGAAGGACUAUUUGACACUAGAGUGAAAAAGCAGCUUUUCCAUACAAACAGACUAAAUUUAUUUUACUUCAGUCUAAAAAGAGCCAUUUAUUUUCCCUUUUCCAGAGCCAAAUGAAGUUGUCAUGGCAACUGUAUAUCUAUGAACUUCUCCACAGAAAAAAAUAAUUUUGUUCACCAUUUGGAUUACACUUUGCUUAAACAGACUGUCUCAGAAUAUCUAUCCCCCAGAGAUAAAUCCAUCUGUAUAACAGAUUACUGUACAUAGAAGAAUUCAGUUCUGUUUUAUCUACCAAUAUGUUGUAGCUAGAGAUUCAUAGGCAGCUGUAACAUGUUGUCAUCUUUGCCAAGGAAAGAACUGGAGGGAUGUUUAAGGGUUUUGAGAGUAAUUUGGCUAAUAAAAAGUUUAUUCCUGGAAGUGAUUGGACAGAUUGCCAGAAAUAAUGAACAGUCUCAUGCUUUUGUGCCUCCAGCCCUUUUGUGACCAGUCUGUUGUAGCUUCUGGUUGUGUCCUUUAAAUUGCAGUAUGCAAAUUGAUUAUGCAGGAUGUAAAAGACUGCUUUUUAGGUCAACGUAGCUGUAUUCUAGUCUUGACAUAGUUCAUAAGGGAGCAAUAAAUAAUCAGUGACCAUGUUGUACUUUGAGGGUCAGAAUGAAUAAAAUGAUUUGGUUACUUCCUCUCUUUCUCUUCAAAGAGAUACCACUUAUGACAGCUGAGAAAUUGUUACAUGAAAUAUGUGUAUUCUGGAAAAAAUUUGGCUCCAAAUAACCAAAUUCUAACACACUAGAGAGUGAAUGGUCCACAUCCAUCUGGGAGAGGCCGUGACCUUAUUCCUUUUCACCACCACUUCUAGUUGUCUCUGAGUUUGGCCCAAUAAAUGUCUGGAAGGAUUCUAAAGAGUAGGAUGUGGCUUGAAUUAAGAAAUCUUCACUCUAUUAGUGAGAACAUUCAUAUGUAAUGAGAUUUAAACCAAAUCCUCUCUUUAAAUACUCUAAAUGUUAGUUGUGAAGAUACAGUCACAGAGAUAAGAGUUCUGACGCAGUUUAGGUCAAGGGCAUCCAGAGAACACCACAGGACUCACUGUUUCCAAGUGUAGAAUAUUAAAGAUAAUAAGGACUACAAGUAUUUUAUGGGCAGAUGGGAAAAAGGUGGAUGCAAGUGUGGAGAACAGUCAGAUCACUCGGAUAUCUGUUCUUUGAAGGGAGAAAGCUAUAGAUGAACUGACCAGUGUUGGAGGGAACAUUGAAAAUGUUUUAGAAGCAUCAGGCAUGCUCAUUAUUUUCAAGCAAUUGCUAGUCUAUACCUAGAGAACAAAUUAAGAUUGUUAGUAAGUGUAAUGUUUAAAAACAUGAUUUGCUCUUCCUUUCCAUCUGUGUCCUCCAAGACUAGGAUGA